UGGAUAUACGAGAAUAGGUCAUUUUUGGGUAAAUAUUUUUUUUUGUUAAAAAAUAUGGCGUCCAAAGUGACUUUAGCUCUUUUAAUCUGUGUAGCGGUCUCGUUAAUGCGGCCAGUUGCGGCAACAUCAGUUCAAUUACCAGCUGUGUAUCCACUUGUAAACAUAUUGUUACCACUUCUCAACAACGUAUACAACCUCCUUUUAUCGCUCCUUUCAAUCUUCGACACACUCCCGCCACCUAUUAGCGCCCUAAUUCCAGUGGAUUUAAGUGCACUUGAAACGUCACUUUUGAAGCUUUACUCCCAAGCUCUAGCAAUAGUGAACUUUUUGAGGUCUCUGCCAGAAUAUGCGGUUGGCGCGAAUCCUAGUACGCCGACUUCCGGUGUUGCCAACAUGCAAAAUUUACUCACAAAUCUUGUGUCAUCCGUUUCCGAACUCGCAGACGAUGUUUUGGUGGGCAUUGGCGGGGCUUUGCUGCCAGGUUUAUUACAAUUGGUCGUCAUGGUGGUACAAACCGUGCUUAACUUGCUACUUUAACUCUUUGGAUGUUAAUUUGACGUGUUAUAGUUAAUGUUGUGUAGUUUAUAAAAUUGUUAAUUUUUAUGUUACCUACUAUAUAGAAAUAAAUGAAUUCGAAGUAAAAAUAU